AAGAAAGUCUUUGCAUUUAAUUACACUGAUGGAGGGACUUUUCCUAUAGGAGAGACAUAUGCUUCGUUAGAGAUCAGUAAAAGCUGUCUUAUUUGUGUCUUGUACAAAGGAUCUACGAGGGAUACAUCAGUGAAGUAUGCUGGCCAAUGUUCUUAUGUCAAAGAAUAUAAGAGCUGCUGGACUAUGAGUAUACUAUUCACUAAACACCUAAAGGCACAUUUGAAGUAUGCACAAUCUGAGUCAAUUGGCACCAUUGAGUCUCACUCCUUCUUGUUUACAGAAUGGAAUGAUGGCCAAGAGUUAUCAAUGGGACUUCAUAAGUUUAGAAAUUCAAUGGAAACUGAUGGAUGGAAGAUAUCCCCCAUCUCUCUCAUACCUGAUAAGAUAACAAAAGCUGAAAUUGAUUCUGUUGAGUUACAACAAAAUUUUCGUAAGCUCCAGUCCAGAAUAAUUCCAUUGAUUGAGUUCUCAGUUUAUAUUGAUAAUAUUGAAUCUGCUUCUAAUGAACUAAAGACGGAUCUUGACAUUGAAGGUACUACUUCAAAUGUUAUUGUUAGGAGACAAAAGGAAUAGAAAGAAUAACAAUGAACAAUGAGUGCAAUUUUUAUGCGUGUUAGUUAGUUUUAUACUUUUUGUUUUUGAUUUUCUCAUUAGAACUUGAUGAGUGUA